AUGGCUUUGGAAAAACGAAAAAUGCUUGAUAUAUCAAUUGCACCUCAAAAAUUAAAUGAAUUUCGUGAAUCUCUACAAGGUACAUUCGAAAAUUGUGAUGCUAAAGUAUAUGCAGAACAUAUAGCUCAAGAUACUGAAGGCAUAUCAUCACGUGUAGUUUCAGGAAAACAUUUAGCACGUACAUUAUCACGUAAUGAACCUUUUGUCAAAUUACCUUUUCAUUUAAGAUCGUUAGAACGAUGGCAAAAUGAACGUUUAACACCGAAGAAACUUGGUGGACGAUUCGAACAAGAAACUACACAAAUACAAUCAUCAUUAGAUGGUAAUGUAAGAUCACAAACAGUAUGGUUAAAAUUUGAAGCAGAAAAAAAUCCAAAAGAUACUGCCUAUCAAUUAAUACGGUUACGAAGAAAACUUGGUCUUACAACACAAAUACCUAUUCAUGGACCAGAUGGUAAAAAAGCACUUGAACAAUAUCUUAAAAAUGCUGAAAAUGAACAAUCUUCACAUGCAGAUGCAAAUAAAAUCUUCUAUUAUUGUCUAUUAACUGGUCGUCAUAAACAUUAUUCACCUUAUAAUCCAUAUGAAUUAGAAAUACAACCUAACGGAAUUGAAGCACUUGCAUCAUCAUCUUAUUGGACAAUGUCGGCAUUUAAUAUCACACAUGUUAAUCAAGUAGAUCCAGCUGAAACAGCUAUUACACCAGCUUUAAUUUGGUUAUGGGAACGAUAUCAAUAUAAUUAUUUAAUUAAUAAUUUCUCAUGUUUUACAAAUUUUCGAAAAUGGCGAACAUUUCGUUGUUGGUGGGCUAACGUUCAAGAAGAAAAACAUAAACAAACACUUGCUCUUCAUUAUCGAAAACUUUUUUAUGCUAAUGAAAUCUUGCAAGGUAUUAUUAUACAUGUUAAAGCUAUGUGUGAAGUAUAUUAUUAUGGACAAACGAAUUAUGUACAACCAUUUUGUUUACUUGAUCGUCAUGCAUAUCAAGAAACAUUAACACUUCAAGAAUUUAGUCGACGACAAGUUCUUCAAAUGAAUACAACAGUUAUUAAAUUAACAAAAUUUCUUGAUCAAGUUGCUGUUCUAGCAGCUGAUGCUUGCCAAAAAGCUGUUGAAUUAGAAGGUAUAUCUAUAGAAGCAUUAGCUGAUCCAAGUCUUUAUCGUCGACCGAAAGAAGAAGAAGAAGCUGAACAAACAACACAAUCUUUUCUUGAAUCAAAACAAAAUCGAGCAUCAAUUUUACGCGAUGUCAAUAUAAGAACAAAAACGAAACGACAUGUUGGUCCAAGUUUUGCAAUACGUAAACAUUGGCGUGAUACAUUAACACGUUUAACAGAAUUUUUACGUUUACUUGAUUAUAUUAUUCUUGAACUUCUUCGUCGUCUUGUUAAAUCAGCUGUACGAGAUUUACUUAUUCAUUUACGUGAAUCAUAUUGUGUAGAAUUUGAACUUGCUAAUCAAGGACAAAAUGAAGAUGAAGAUGAUAUUAAAUUUCAACCAACACGUCAAAAAUCAGCUGGAUCAUCUAGUAGAAGUUUUCGAAUUAAACCACCACAUCGAUCGGAAUCACAUACAACUUAUCAAACAAUUCGAACAACUUUGAAUUCGGAAUUAUCAAGUAUUAAAGAAUCAACAGAACGUCCAAGUAAAUUAUCAGCACGAACAUCUGAAACACGAACACCAACUGUUGAACAAGGAAUGGGAAAUGAUGAUUAUGAAGAUGAUGAUUUAUAUUCAACAAUUGAACCAGAUGAUAUUCUUGAUUUACCACAGAUUGAAACGACUGGUCGAAUACCUCGACCUAUGUUUGAAGUUAAUUUAUUACUUAAAAUAACUCAAUUACCAAAAAAAAAAACACCAGCUAAUGAUGAUAUGAUAAAAUCUGAAAGUUCAUUUGAGAAUACAACUAAAGUAACUUAUGAAAUAAGUCCAAGUGAAUAUGAUUUUAAAAAUGCUACACGUGAUAUUAUUAAUGGAUUAGAAUCAUCUGUUGGUCAAAUAUCUAGUCUUUGUGAUCAUCCAACAUUAAGAUUAUUUUCUAGCUAUCCAAAUUAUGAUUCAUUAAAUCCACAAGCUCGAACACCUAUUCAUGUAUCAAAAAUUCCUUGGCCCGAUGUUGAUUUUCUUUUUGGUGAUGAUGUUGAUCAUCAAGAAAUUAUUGUUGAUACAUUAAAUACAGUUAAUCGAGCUUUAUCUAAUGUUCAAGUAUUUGUUAAACGAUAUCAAAAAUAUUGUGAUAUGGUUCUUAGUUGUAUACAAUUAAAUAUUGAUGAAAGUCUUAAACGAAAAGAUUUAACAACAGAUGAUCUUCAAUUUUUAAUGGCUAAACAUACACAACAAUUAGGUAAAAUGGAACACAUGAUUGUUCAACAACGUAUUGGACUUAUUUUAAUAAAAGCACAACAAUUUUAUGAUUCAGCAGUACCUUAUCCUCAACAUGUUGUUGAAACUAUUGGAACAUAUUUACCACCUGUUGCUAUUGAUAAAAAUGAACGAAUGCAAAAAACAAUUCGAGAAGUAUUGAAAUUAUUAGAUCGUGAUCCAAGAUCUGUUGAAGAAUUUGUUCAACAUAUAGCAACAUUAAAUAAAGUUAAUAGUGAUUUAGGAAAUUUAGAAAUUGAAUUUGAAACAAUAUCAAAAAUGUUUCAUAUUAUUAAAGAUUUUUCAAUGAAAAUUGCACCAGAAGCAUAUGCUUUAUAUCGUUCUUUAGCACCGAUUUAUCAUCAAUUAAAAUCAAGUUUACUUUAUACAGAAGCUCAAUGUGAUGAAAAUGUACAAAAAUUUACUGUUGAACUCGAUGAUAUGAUACAACGUUUAUAUGAUCAAACAAUUGAUCUUAGAGUUAAAUCAAAAGAUCCAGCUCUAUUAACAAGUGAAACUCGAACUGAAACAGCAUUAGAUAUUAUUGCAAUUUUACAAGAAACAUUAUCUAAAGUAAAUGAAAAAGCAAAAAAUUAUUCAAAUUUUCAAGAACGUUUUAAUCAAAUAAGUAAACAAUCAACAAAAAAACGUAUUCUAGGUGAUUAUCAAAUCAAAAGUAAAUAUCAUCGAUAUGAUACUACAGUUAGUCUUCAAACAGUUCAAAGUGAAAUAAAUGAUAUUGAACAAGAUAUUAAUUUACGUAAACUCUUAUGGGAAUCUCAACAAAAAUGGACGAAACUUUAUCGUGAAUGGACAAAUACUGUUCUUGAUGCUAUUGAUAUUGAUCUUUUACAAAAAGAUGUUAAUAAAUUUACACAAAAUAUAUAUAUGCUUGAAAAAGCAUUACCAUCUAAUAAUAUAAUUCCAUCAUUAAAAGAACGUAUUGUUGAAUUUAAAGCAGCUAUGCCUGUUAUAUUAGCAUUACGUAAUCCACAUAUGAAACAAAGACAUUUUGAUCGUUUACGUGUAUUAAUUGGAAAAGAUGUUAUUGAUGAUGAAAAUUUAAAAUUAAAUAAAUUACUUAAACCUGAAAUAUUACAAUUAACAGAUAAAAUCACUGAUGUAUCAUCAUUAGCAUCAAAUGAAGCAUCAUUAGAAACAAUGUUAAAUAAAAUUAUUGAAAGAUGGAGAUCAUUAGAUUUUCGUUUAUUACCUCAUGCAGGUAAAGAUACAUUUAUUAUAACUGGUUUUGAAGAAAUUUUACAACAAUUAGAAGAAAGUCAAAUAACAAUGUCAACAAUAAAAUCUUCAAGAUAUAUAAAUCCAAUUCGACAAUUAGUUGAUGAAUGGGAUAAACGUUUAAUUUUAUUAUCAAAAACAAUUGAUGAAUGGAUAACAUGUCAAAGACGUUGGCUUUAUUUAGAACAAAUAUUUUCUACACCGGAUAUUCAAUUAACACAAGAAACAAAAAUUUUUGCACAAAUUGAUAAAACAUGGAAAGAGUUAAUGCGUAAAACUGAACAACAACCAAAUGCAUUGAAAGCAGCUACACAACCAGGAACAUUGGAAUUAUUACAAACGAAUAAUGCACAAAUGGAAAAAAUUCAACGAGCAUUAGAGGCAAGUUUAGAAUCUGGUAUGAUGAAUGCGCGGAUGGAUUAUUUGGAAACAAAACGAUUAGCAUUUCCUCGUCUAUUUUUUCUUAGUAAUGAAGAUUUAUUAGAUAUUCUCUCACAUUCAAAAGAUGCAAACUGUGUACAACCACAUUUACGUAAAUGUUUUGCCAAUAUUUUUCAUCUUCAUAUUGUUAAAUCACCCAUGGAAGUUGUAACAAGUAUGCAAUCAGUAGAAGGUGAAAUUGUCAAUUUUCCAAAAACGGUUCGUCCAAGAGGUAUGGUUGAACAAUGGUUAACUUCAGUUGAACAAGCUAUGUAUGAUGCUGUUAAACAUCAUCUUAAAUUAGGCUUAUCUGAUAUAAAAAAUACAGAUUAUAUCGAUUGGAUUCUUCAACAUCCAGGUCAAGUUGUAUUAACUAUUUCUCAAGUAAGAUAUACACGACAAGUCAAUGAAAAAUUUGAUUCACAAUCAACAGAAACUGAUGGUGCACUUAUACAAAUACGUGAUCAAAUGGUAACAACAAUUAAAAAUGUAUGUUCAUUAGUAUUUUCUAAUAUUGAACAAUCAAAAUUAUUGACUGUCGAAGCAUUAUUAACAUUACAAGUUCAUUGGCGUGAUAUAUUUGAAAUGCUUAUAAAACUUCAUAUUCGAGAUAAAAAUGAUUUUGAAUGGCAAAAACAUCUUCGAUAUGAUUGGAGUGAUAAAGAAACAAAUUUUCAAAUACUUCAAGGUGAUGCAAAUUUUCUUUAUGGUUAUGAAUAUCUUGGAUGUUCAAGUCGAUUAGUUGUUACACCACUUACCGAUAGAUGUUAUUUAACAUUAACUGGUGCAAUUAAACUUAAUCUUGGUGGUGCACCAUCAGGUCCGGCUGGAACAGGAAAAACAGAAACAGUUAAAGAUUUAUCAAAAUCAUUUGGAAAACUUUGUUUAGUAUUCAAUUGUUCUGAUGAACUUGAUCAUAAGACACUUGGGAAAAUGUUUAGUGGAUUGGCGCAGUCAGGAUCAUGGUGUUGUUUUGAUGAAUUUAAUCGUAUUGAUGUUGAAGUAUUAUCUGUUGUUGCUCAACAAUUAUUAACAAUUAAAACAGCGAAAGAUGCACAUGCUCAACGAUUUACAUUUGAUGGUCGUGAAAUUAAGAUGAAUUUAACUUGUGGUUUUUUUGUUACAAUGAAUCCAACUUAUUCUGGUCGUUUUGAAUUACCUGAUAAUUUAAAACCUAUGUUUCGACCUAUUGCUAUGAUGAUACCACAUUAUGCAUUAAUUGGUGAAGUCAUUCUUUUUUCUGUUGGUUUUAUAUCAGCAAAAGUUCUUGCAACAAAAAUUGUUUAUUUAUAUAAUUUAUCAAAUAGUCAAUUAUCUCAACAAGAUCAUUAUGAUUUUGGUAUGCGAGCUAUUAAAGCUGUUCUUUUAAUGGCUGGUGAAAUAAAACGAUCACAUAUUAAAGAUUCAAAUUUAACUGAUGAACAAUCAGAAGAAGGUAUAAUGUUACAAGCAUUAGUUGAAUCAAAUCUUCCGAAAUUACUUAAAGAUGAUUCAAUUCUUUUUCUUGGUAUUCUUCGUGAUCUUUUUCCUCAAGUUGAUAAAAAUUUACAUGAACAUGGAAAUAUUCAACAAGCUAUAAAACGUGCUAUUAAAGAUUUAAAUUAUGAAUAUUGGCCUGCACAAGCUGAUAAAGCCUUACAACUUUAUAAUCAAAUUGUUCUUCGACAUGGUACAAUGUUAGUUGGUGGAGCUAGUGGAGGCAAAACUGUUGUACGAAAUAUUCUUCAAAAAGCAUUAACACUUUUAUCUAAUGUAGCAAAAGAAGGAUCACAAACUCGAAUACAUCGAUCAGCUACUGUUGAUGUAACAGUUUUAAAUCCAAAAUCAAUGCAAAUAACUGAACUUUAUGGAGCUAUUAAUACUGAUACAUUAGAGUUUUCUGAUGGAAUGCUUGCUAGUGUUAUGCGAUCAUAUUCAAAAAUUCAUGAAUCUCAAAUGAGUACAGAGAAGAGUGAACAUCAUGUUGAUCAUUGGCAAUGGUUAAUUCUUGAUGGACCAAUAGAUACUUUAUGGGUUGAAAAUUUAAAUACACUUCUUGAUGAUUCAAAAAUACUUUGCUUGGCUAAUGGUGAACGUAUUGGAAUGUCUGGACAUACACGAAUUAUAUUUGAAGUUGACUCUUUAGUAAAUGCAUCACCAGCUACUGUUAGUCGUUGUGCGAUGGUUUAUUUAGAUCCAGUAGAUCUUGGAUAUAAGCCUUUUUUAAAUCAUUGGUAUAGAUGUAAAUUACCUAGUACAUUACCACAGAGUGCAAUUGAAUUUCUUCGAGAAUUAAUGGAUUUUUCAUUAGAUAAAGGAUUUACUUUUCUUAAUGAAUUGAAAGAUCCUUGGCAUAUGCCAGCAUCAAAAGUAAAUGUUUUACAAACACUUUGUUAUUUAUUAUCAACAUUUUUGAAUUACUUGGAUAAACAUGGAGGUUUUGGUGAAGAUGAUCAACGAUUACCGGCAGCAGCAGCUCCAAACAAUCCAGCAACAACAUCUAGCUCGAAAUAUUUUACACCAAAUGAUGAAUUAGUUGUUUAUAUAAUCAAUGACAAGAAACAAUAUUAUUUACAAAAAAAUCCGAAAAAUCUUCGACAAUGUCUUAUACGUAUUUAUAUAUUUUGUUAUGUUUGGAGUUUUGGUGGUGGAUUAAAACGAGAAGAUAAUUUUGAAGAUGAUAAUUUAAUAAAUCAAAAAGAACAAGUUAAAGUUGAUCGUGAUCCAACUACACAGGAAUUUGAUACAUUUGUUCGUGAAUUAUUUUCUUCGAAUGUUAAUUAUGCAGUUUAUUUACCACCUGAUGCACGUAUGAUAUUUGAUUAUAUGAUAGAUUUAAAUACAUUUGUUUAUCAUGAAUGGGAAUCACUUGUACCUAAAACAGAACAAUUAAUUAAAAAUGAAGUUUCACAAACCGUUAUACCAACUGUUGAUGUUAUUCGUUAUUCAUUUUUAAUAACAGCUUUACUUAUGCAUAAAAAACCCGUUCUGUUAACUGGUAAUAGUGGUGUAGGUAAAACUUUACUUAUUGAAUCAAUGCUUCGAUUAUUAAUGUUACCAGAUGGAAAUUUUGUUCGACCAGGUACUAUUCUAGGUGAUGUUUUACAAUAUAAUGCUACGAAAAGUUCAACAACAACUAAAUUAACACAAACAGUAGAAUUACCUACCGAAAAUAUUGAAGGUGGUGGUGCUUUACAAUCACUUAAAAUACAAAUGAGUGCUCAAACAACACCAAAUAAAUUCGUUAAUCAAUUAACAGGAAGUUUAAUUAAAAAAAAUGCAAACUUACUUGGUUGUCCACAAGGCAAAUGGUUAAUAGUCUUUAUUGAUGAUUUAAAUAUUCCACAAGUUGAUUCAUUUGGUGAUCAACCAACACUUGAAACAUUACGAUAUAUUUUACAGACAGGAUCGGCUAUUGAUGCAAAAAAAAAUCAAAUACGUCCAUUAUCGGAUAUAACAUUUAUAACAGCUUGUGAUUCACCAUCAUCAGGUCGUUGUAUACCAUCAAAACGUUUACUUCAAUCAUUUUCAAUAUUUGCUUUACCUGAUCCAGCAGCUAAACAAUUAUUUCAUAUAUAUUGUGUUCGUCUCGGACGAUUUUUAAAUAGUCUAGAUUUUCCAGUUGAUGUACGUUUAUCACUUUAUCUUCUUGUAUCAGCUUGUCUUGUUAUGUAUUAUCGUGUUUCAAUUAAUAUACUUCCAACACCAUCAAAAGUACAUUAUAUAUUUAAUUUAAGAGAUUUAGCUAAACUUGCACAAGGUAUAAUGCAAGCAUCACCUAAGAAUACAACCAAUCAAGAUUCUUUAGCUAUACUAUUUGCUCAUGAAUGUUUACGUGUAUUUGCUGAUCGUUUAGUAACAGAAAAUGAUUUAAAUAUUUUUUAUAAACAUUUAAAUGGAACAAUGUUAAGUUAUUUUAAAAUAUCAUUAGAUAUAUCAAAAUAUGUUGAAAAUCCAUUAUUAUAUUGUAAUUUUUUAAAAUCUGAUGAUCGUUUAUAUCAACAAUUACAUGAUUGGCGUCAAUGUUGUCCAAUUUUUUUGGAUUAUCAAAUGAGACAUAAUUUAAGUGAACAUUCAACACUUAAUAUGGUAUUUUUUAAAGAAGCUGUUGAACAUGUUUUAAGAAUAUGUCGAGUUUUACAACAACCAGGUGGACAUCUUUUAUUAAUUGGUCUUGAUGGUACUGGAAGAAAAACAUGUUUACAAUUAUCAGCUUUUAUAUCUGGUCAUUUAAUGUUUCAAUUAAAUAUUAAACGUGGAUAUGCAUAUCAAGAUUUUAGAGAUGAUUUGAAAAUUGAUAGUUUUAUCGAAGAUAUUGAAAGUAUUCUUAAUUCUGGUACUGUUGUUGAUUUAUUUGAACCCGAUGAAUUUGAUGCACUUACAAUGGAUCUUAAAAAUGAUGCAUAUUCAGCUGGUAUGAGUGAUACAACAGGUCAACUUCGUGAAUUUUUUUAUCAACGUGUUCGAACUAAUCUUCAUAUAAUUCUUUCAUUUUCUCCAGCUGGUAGUAAAUUUCGUGAAAUAUGUCGUUUACAUCCUGCUUUACUCAAUUGUACAAGUAUUGAUUGGUUUACUGAAUGGAGUGAAAUAUCAAUGAGUCAAGUAGCUGAUGUUUUUCUUGAAACAAUUGAUUUUAAAAUUUUAUCAACUGAUAAUGAAACAAGCAAUGAAAUUGAUUUUCGUCAUCGUUUAGCACUUUGUUGUGUUUCUAUACAUAAAAUUGUUAUUGAAACAGCAAAACGUUUUUAUGCUGCACAUAAAAGAAUUUAUUAUUUAACACCAUCAUCUUAUAUGGAUUUAAUGAAAACUUAUGGUAUAAUGAUGACACAAACAAAACAAGAAUUUCUUACAAGUUACAAUCGAUUAUCAUCAGGUCUUGCAAAAUUAUCUGAUGCAAAUGCUAGUGUCAGUAUUAUGCGUGAUGAACUUGCUGUACUUGGACCACAAAUUGAUGCUAAAGAAAAAGAAAUCGAACAAUUAUUAAAUCAAUUACAAAAAGAUCAAAUAGCUGUACUUGAAGUAAAAGAAAUUGUUGAAGUCGAAGAACAAAAAGUUCGUCAAGAUACAGAUAUGGUUGAACGAUAUGCUACACAAGCUGAACUUGAUCUUAAAAAUGUAAUACCUGUAUUAGAUGAAGCUAUGGCUGAUGUAUCACAACUUGAUAAAGCUGAUGUAGCUGAAGUUCGAGUUUAUCAAAGUCCACCAUAUCAAGUUAUGAUGGUUAUGUGUGCUGUUUGUGUUCUUCUAGAAUGUAAACCUGAUUGGGCAACAGCUCGACAAGUACUUGGAGAUUCAGGUUUUAUUAGUCGUUUAACUAAUCUUGAUAUAAAUCAUGUUUCGGAUCGAACAUAUCGAAAAUUAUUACAAUAUUCUCGUCAUUCACAAUUUACACCUGAUAUUAUUGGAAAAGUUUCAUCAGCAUGUCGAUCAUUUUGUAAAUGGGUACUUGCUAUUCAACGUUAUUAUGAAGUUUAUCGAACAGUUAAACCAAAAGAAGAAAAAUUAAAAACAGCUAAUGAAGCAUUAGAUGUUAUGCGUAAAAGUUUAAGUCGAAAACAAGAAAUGCUUAAACUUGUAAAAGAUCAUUUACAAGAAUUAGAAGAUAAAUAUCGAAAUAGUAUUGAAGAAAAACAAGCAUUAUAUGCACGACGUGAAUUAAUGAAACAACGUAUGGCACGUGCACAUGAAUUAACAAAUGUUUUAGCUAUUGAAAAAGUUCGUUGGCAAGAACAAUUAACACAACUUGAAGAACAUGUACGUUCAUUAAUUGGUAAUGCAUUAUUAUCAGCUGCUGCAAUUAAUUAUUUUGGACCAUUUAAUAAUGAAUUUCGACAUGAACUUAUGAGAGAUUUUCAACAAAUUCUUAGUAAUAAUAAAAUAAUUUUUUCAAUAGAUUUUAAAUUAUCAUCAAUUUUAUCAACACCAAGUGAAAUACGAAAUUGGAUUAGUCAACAAUUACCUGAUGAUGAAUGUUCAAUUGAAAAUGCUGUUCUUGUUAAACAUUGUACUAAAUGGCCAUUAUUAAUUGAUCCACAACGGCAAGCUGUUCAAUGGAUUCGAACAAAAGAAGCUGAAAAUAAUUUACGUGUAGUAACAGCUGAUGAUUCAACAUUAUUACGUAUAUGUGAACAAUGUAUUCGACUUGGUUUACCAUUAAUUAUUGAAAAUGUUGGUGAAACAAUUGAAUCAUCAUUAUUACCAUUACUUGAUCGUGAUAUGUUUAAACGAACAAGUUCAUCUAUUGGAACAAUUCGUUUUAAUGAUGUUGAUAUUGAAUAUAAUCCAAAUUUUCGUGUUUAUUUUAUAACACAAUUAAAUAAUCCACAUUUUUUACCAGAUAUUUGUAUUCGUGUUACAUUAAUUAAUUUUACUAUAACACAAAAUGGUUUAGAACAUCAAUUAUUAAGUCUUGUUGUUUUAAAUGAAGAACCACAUUUAGAAUAUGAACGUAAAGUUUUAUUAGAAACUAUGGCACAAGAUUUAAAAAGUUUACGUGAUUAUGAAGAUCGUACAUUAGAAAUGUUAACAGCAUCUGAACAACAUAUACUUGAUCGUCAUGAUCUUAUUGAUAAUUUAACACGAUCAAAAAUAACAAGUGAUGAAAUAUCAAAUCGUUAUCAUGAAAAUGAAUCAAAUGAACGACAAAUAAAUUUAGCUCGACAAUGUUAUGUAUCAUUAGCUAAACGUGGUUCAUUACUUUAUUUUCUUAUUAAUCAUUUAUCACGUUUAAAUAUAAUGUAUCAAUUUUCAUUAACAUGGUUUCAACGUACAUUUCAUUCAUGUAUAUUAGAUCAUGAUGCAACACGUCGUAUGAGUAUGACAAAUUUAUCAAAUGAUUUAGAUCCAUUACAACGUUAUACAAGACAACGACGAGCUAGUUCAUUAUUAAGUAGUUUAAUUAGUUCACCACGACAAAGUAUAAAUGAAGAAUUAACACGUGAACAAAUAUCAACAAAUCCAACACGAACAAGACGUAAUACAAAAUCAUUUGUAUCAACAAUAACUCAACAACAACGUGCAACAACAUUACGUCUUAUGGUUGAUCGUUUAACAUAUACAAUAUAUCAACUUGUUUCAUGGAGUCUUUUUGCUGAACAUCAAUUAUUAUUUUCAUUUUUAUUAACAACAACAAUUGAACGAGAAAUUGAUAAUAAUGAACAUAAUAGACAUAUGACGACUACAUCUGAUACUAUCAAAGAAGAAGAAGGAGGAGAUGAACAACAACAACAACAACAACAAACAAAUGAAGUUGAAACAAAUCUAUCAUAUAUUACACAUGAUGAAUGGACAUGUUUUAUGAGUCCACUUUUAAGUACAAUAAAUGAAGAGAAAUUAUCAUUUGUUAAUGAAUUAUUACCAUCAUUAUAUUCUAUAUGUCAAAAUUUAUUAUAUGAUUCUAAUCAAGAAUUUUUUAAACAUUCAAAUCCUUAUUUAUAUUUAAUUCGACAUGAAAAUUAUUGUCGUUUAUCACGUUUUCGAUGUAUAUUAAUUAUAAAAAUUCUUCGACCAGAACUUUUACUUCCAUCAAUAUCACAAUAUGUAGCUGAACAAAUGGGUAGUAAAUUUUUAUCAUCAGGUUUUGCUGAUAUACAAGAUAUUUAUACACAUUCAUCACCACAAGCACCUAUUAUUUUAUUACUUUCAUCUGGAACUGAUCCAACUAAUCUUCUUCUUCGUUUUGCUAAAGAAACACGUGGAAGUGCAUCACAUCUUGAUGUUAUUUCAUUAGGUCAAGGUCAAGGACCUAAAGUUGAAGAAGUUCUAUCAAAAGCAUUAACAUUAAAAGGUCGUUGGAUAUUUUUACAUAAUUGUCAUUUAAGUGCAUCAUUUAUGCCAAGACUUCGAGUACUUGUUAAUAAUUUUAGUAAACCUGGUCUUGAACUUGAUAGUCAAUUUCGAUUAUUUCUUUCAACCAAACCUGAUAUUCAUUUUCCUCUUGAACUUUUACAACUUGGUCUUAAAAUGACUAUUGAAUGGCCCGUAGGUUUAAAAAGUAGUCUUCUUCAAACAUUUGGACCAACAGGUAUUGUUAAUGAAAAAGUUUAUGAUAAUGAAACAUUAGGUCCAUAUUGGCGUCGUUUAGUAUUUAAUUUAGCAUUUUUUCAUGCUGUUAUUCAUGAACGUAAAAAAUUUGGAGCAUUAGGAUGGAAUUUAUCAUAUGAAUUUAAUCAAUCUGAUUUGGAAGUAGCUGUACUUGAAUUAGAAAGUCUUGUUCGUCGUUCAAAAAAUCAAAUACCAUCAUUUGAUGUUUUUUGUUAUCUUGCCGGAUCAGUUAUAUAUGGUGGUCGUGUAACAGAUGAAUUUGAUCGACGAAGAUUAUUACGUAUUAUUGAACGAUUCUAUUGUUCAGAAACAUUAAAAGAAGAUUAUUCAUAUGCUGGAGAUGAUACAUACAAAGCACCAAAUUUAGAUUUAAAUUUUUCUGGUCUUCUUUCAUAUAUAAAUGCAUUACCAGAUUUUGAUGAUCCACGUGUAUUUGGUAUGCAUCCAAAUACUAAUCGAGCAUUAAUGUAUGUUCAAGCAAAUCAAUUAGUUGAUAUGUUAGUUACUAUUGAACCGCAAUAUCGAAUGAUGAUUUCAUUAGGUGCUUCAUCCGAUAGUGAUGCUGCUUGUAUGACAAUAAUUGAUGAAAUUACAACAAAAUUACCACGUUCAAUUGAAACUGGUUAUGGUCCACAAGCACGUCAUAUUACAUUUGAAAAUGCAUUAACUAAAAUAAGUGAUAAAUUAGAAAGUAAAUAUCAUGCUUAUUCAGUAUUUUUCUCAUUACUUAAACAAGAAAUUCGUGCAUAUAAUGAAUUACUUGAAUUAAUUCAUGCAACAUGUAAUGAUUUACGUCGUGCAUUAGUUGGUGAAACAGUUGUUAGUGAAAUUUUAGAAGAAACUCAACGUACAUUAUUAAUGCAUGAAAUGCCACGUAUUUGGAAAAAAAAAUCAUAUCCAUCAACAAAAUCACUUCGAGCAUGGAUAACUGAUAAUCUUGUACGAAUAACAUUUUUUAAAGAAUGGACUCGAUUAAUAGUAACUUAUGUCGAAGAUAAAGCUUCAUCACCAUUACCACCUAUAUUCAAUAUUGGUGCAUUCUAUUAUCCGAAAGGACUUUUUUCGGCAAUUCUUCAAAGUUCAGCUCGAUCAAUUGCAUUACCUAUUGAUCAAUUAAAAUUUACUUAUCAAGUAUUAGAUAAUAAUGAAGAACGUCAACUGCUUCAAUCAUCGAUUUCAACAAAUGAUAUUGCUAAUGGUAUUACUAUUGAUGGAAUCUAUAUAGAUGGUGCACAAUGGGAUUAUGAAAGUCAUCAAAUUGUUGAUUGUACAAGUCAACAACGAACUCAUCGUUUACCACCUCUACUUUGCAAAUUAGUACCGAAAAAUAUGGAAAAUAUGGAUUUAACGAAUGUUUAUGAAUGCCCGGUGUAUCUAACAGCAUUAAGAGCAGUAAGUGCGAGUGAAGCAGCAAAACAUCUUGUUGGUACAAUUACAAUACCAUGUUCAGAAACCGAAUCAUUUUGGACAACACGAUCAAUUGCUGGUAUUCUUGAAGUUAAUGAAUAA